ACCGAGGGCUCUUCUUUGGAUAUUUCGGAGCAUUUGCUUCGGGAUGAUCGGAAGGCUCCGUCCUCGGAUUUCGAGCACGUUCCGGAAUGGAAGGACCAGAUCACCGUCAGAGGGCUGUUGGUGAGUGCAGUUCUGGGGAGUCUUUUCUGCAUCAUCACUCACAAGCUCAAUCUGACUGUUGGGAUCAUUCCUUCGCUGAACGUUGCUGCCGGGUUGCUUGGAUUCUUCUUUGUCAAGACCUGGACUAGCUUCAUGUCCAGGUUGGGAUUCUUCACCAAACCCUUUACCAGACAGGAGAACACCGUCAUCCAGACUUGUGUUGUCGCUUGCUAUGGCCUCGCUUUCAGCGGUAACUCACCCCUCCUUCGUUUAGCUUAAACUCGUGAGCUUUUGUG